GCAGUGAUCGGGAUCGGUCAUCAAGUUGACGCAUAUUUGGGGGGUUGCUUGUCUGAUGAGCUUCAGUGCGCGAGCGUCUGGACAGAGAUCUGGCGUUACUGUUGGACAGCUUGAAGGAGUUGAGGAGGGCGUUGUGGAUGGCGGCGUUGUGGAUGACGGCGUUGUAGAGGAUAGCGUAGUGGAUGAGGGUGUAGCGGAUGAGGGUGUAGCGGAUGAGGGUGUAGUGGAUGAGGCCGUGGCGGAUGAAGCCGUGGUGGACGAAAGCGUGGUGGACGAAAGCGUGGUGGACGAAAGCGUGGUGGACGAAAGCGUGGCGGACGAAAGCGUGGCGGACGAAAGCGUGGUGGACGAAAGCGUGGUGGACGAAAACUUGGGCGAAGGCGAAGAGAACGAAAGCGUGGUGGACGAAAGCGUGGUGGACGAAAACGUGGGCGAAGGCGAAGAGAACGAAAGCGUAGUGGAUGAAGGCGUGGAUGAGGGCGUGGAUGAGGGUGUAGAUGAGGGUGUGGAUGAAGGCGUGGGUGAGAGAGUCGACGAAGAACCGGGGGUCGAGGACGGUGUAGACAACGGCGAAGAAGACGGCGUGAAGGAUGGCGUGGAGAAGAUCGAGAUUGGAGGCGGAGAGGGCGUAGAAGACGAGAUCGAUAGUGAGGGAGACGAGGAAUCCAAAGAUAGUGAAGGCGAACCUGAGGGGGGUGUAGAGGAAGGCGUAAUGGAUGGAGUUGACGCAACCAGAACCGAGGGUGUAGAUGAGGGAGGGGAGAGAGUGGGCGGCGUACUUAGAGGUGGAUUGGACGGUGCCGAUAAAGGGACCGAGGAAGAAUCCGAAGAUGCGACCAAAGACGGUGACAGGGGCGAGGAUGGCGUCGUGACUGGAGUUGACAAUGGAACCGAAAGCGGGGUGGAAGAUGGGACUAGCGACGAGGACGACACUGAGAAAGGGGAUACGUCUGAGGCAGAAGUCCUCCCGGAAGUUAAUAUCGACGAGCCUGAAGCUACUACUACAGACGGGCUGCUCGUAGGGGCUGAGAUAGAGCUAGCCGAAGAUGGUGGGGGCGAGCUCGGUGGUGUCGACGGAGGACCACACUCUCCCCCCAGGCCACUCACGAUUAGACAUGCUAUUCUGUCGAAUGAGGAUGAGGACACGGAGAGUACGGAUGCUGAGCUCGACGGGAUUGAGGUAGGGGUCGCGCCAGCUGAGAUUGCAUCCAGGCUGGUCCUGCUGACGACCGGAGUGCUCAACACCCCUGGAGUAGAGCUGAUAGCUGGAGUAAAAUCUGGAGUGCUCAAUGGAGAUGGCAGUGGUGAACUCGCGAUAGUCGAGCCCGAGACACUGGAUGGUAGUGACAAGUCCGCACUCGAUGACAGCGAAGGAAUUGAUGAGGGAGCACUCCCGCUGCUAUCAGGGACCGAUAGCGAAUUUGGAGUAGCCAAACUGGGCGACGCAAUCAAAGUAAGCGGAGUUAUCGAUGCUGGUAGACUUAAGGCACUGGAUGCACCGAGGGAGGUUGCCGCUGCAGUAGAGACUAGUGAGACGUCGGAUGCUGUCGGCGCAAUCACACUCGAGCCAGCCACGGAGGUACCAGAGGCGAUAGAAACCGGCGUGACGACGGGACUCGAAGGUGUCGAUGAUAUGAACCUCCCCAGGUCUUGAAGUCCCUCACAGGCAUCCCCAGCGAACUCCUUCGCAACGGGAAAGGACUCGAUGACAGCGUAGUCACAGAGUAGACUAGCACCGAACACAGCCAGAAAUCCAAGACCUGGCUCUGGAAGCUCUGCUCCACCAUAUAUCGUCUUGACGCAAUCUCCCACGAUCUGCGGAGUAAAAGACGCAACGCUUUGCCCAGCCCAGAAGGCUCCGCAGAUGGAAGUCAGGACUCCG